AUGGUCGGUGAUGAGCUGGAUGAGGCCACGCGUGAGCGCAUGCAGCAGCGUGCGGAGCAUCUGAGCCAGGAGAUGACUCGGCUGCUGCAGGAGCUGGAGCAGAGGAGCCAGGAGCAGAGCGGCUUUGCCUGGGGAGCCCUGCUCUUUGCCGCCUUGCAGCAGUGGCAGUUCUGGGCCGUUGCUGGAGGGCUGGUCCUGCUCUUUGGGCUCUGCUGGUGGCUCAGGAAAAGGAGCCAGCAGCCAGCCAGCAGCAGCAAGGAGGGCAGUUCCAGAAACAAGGCGGACAAGGAGGAGCAAGAUGUAAAAGACAGUGUUGCACUGGAUGUGGGACGAAUUUCGGCCAAGCGCCUCCUGGACCUGCCACAAUCGUUCACGAUGGUGGAGGAGCUGAUGGGUGAACUUCUCCCUGUCUGCCGAAAACUUUCCAGGAAUAGUUUUGUGCCGCAACUGAAGCCAGCCAUCGGGGUGGUCAGCGCCUUCGAAGGCUGGAGUCCCCGUGACAACGAUGCUGUCUACCGCCUACUCGUGCCCCUGAAGCCCCCCCGUGGGCACGCCUUCCACCUGGAGCUGGGCACCGCGGAGGAGAUGCCAGCGAGGAACUCCAGACUGCGCGUGGAGCUGGAGUGCACCUGCACGAGGGAGCAGCUGGUGGAGGACAUGCUGUGCUUCCUCCAUCACCCCGAGGAGGAGCUGAGGAAAAAUCAGGCUCCCAGCCUCCUAGGCACCCUCUGCACUGGCCCCUACCUGGACAUGGAGAAAACCGCCCGCUGGUUCCAGAUAUUGGUAGAAGCAGCCUGGGUGGUUUUGCCUCAGUCGAGACACUGCCGUCUAACAGUGCUGCCCUCCAGGCGCUGCUGCAAGCUCCGGCUGACAAACGCUUCCGACAGUACCUUCCUGAUUGAGAUGAUGUUUGGGGUGCAGCAGGAUGGCUCGGACACCUUCCUGAGCAUCGAGUAG